GAAAAGCCAUCUUCUGUCAACUUUUACGCGACACUCCCAUCACAUCGCAGUGCGCCCAAGCAUUUCCUUAGCGACCGAAACGCAUUUGAUUGCACGUACCAAUACAAAAACCACUCGAAACCACAAAUCACAAUGUCUGCCAGCGCCAGAAGCGGAGCGAAACGGCUCAUCAAGGAGAUGGAGAACUGGCGCAAGGAGCAAAAGGACGAAAAGGGCGUGGAGAGGCUUGGGCCUGUGAAUGAGGAUGAUUUGUUUGAGUGGGAGGCGGUGAUUAAUGGCAAGGGGAUUGGAUCUGGAUACGAUGAGGGCCGAUGGCUCAUCAACAUCCAGCUCUCGACGUCGUACCCGCUGGCGCCCCCCAAGAUGCGCUUCGUGACGCAAAUCAUCCACCCCAACAUUGCGCUGCAGACGGGCGAGAUCUGCCUGGACCUGCUCAAGGACAAGUGGACGCCGACGUAUAGCGUGCUGCAGUGCGUGCGCGCGGUGCGGAUGCUGCUGGGAUACCCGGAGACGGACAGCCCGCUGAACGUGGACGUUGCGGCGCUGCUGAGGGGCGGCGAUGUCGUGGGGACGCGCAAGUUGGUGCAGUAUUGGUGUUCUGAGCCGGAGGGGAGGUAUGAUGGGCCUUGAUGAGGAGAGGAGAGAGGAGAGCUGUUUCUUAUUGUCUUUGACUAUUCUUUUGUGAUUCGAUUCUUGGUUUUGAAUAUAUGGCAAAUGUAAUUGGUAUAGUAGUAGCCGUUGUUUGUAAUGAUUUUGGGUACGGCGGAAGGGUAUUAUAUAUGGGCUGGCCUGGACGAGACUUUUGAGGAGUAGCUGCGAGAGAGCUUUAUAUCACGGAUUCAAUGUCAUCGUUAUUGGCACAUUGUGCAUCGCUUUC